AUGGACCCCGGGUCCUGCUCCCGUCGCUCAUGGGACGACGAGGUCGAGGAGGACGAGGCCGCUCGCAGUGCUGCCAGAUCUGCACUCCUGGAGCUGCCCCCUCUGGCCGCGGCCGCCCACGCUGCUUGCGUGCUCAGAGCGAGCUCUCUUGACCCCGACGCUGAGCCGUUCGUCGCCUCUCCCGGUGGGGAGGACGACAGAUUGCACUUCACCGACUCGGAGGCCUCCUUUGGCGACUCCGAUGCUCCGCCGCCGUCGAGUCGCGGCAAGGAGAUCCUGCGCCCGCGUCGGGCUCGCAGGCGGCAGCGCCGUCGUCCUCGGCGGGGGGAGGGGGCUUCAUGGCGGAUGCCCAGCGAGCCUCAACUCCUACUCCACCACCGUCGCACCGCCGUCUUGCCUCCGUCGUUGUUCACCCACCACGCAUGUAGGUCGAGCCGGAUGCCGAUGGUUUCAGGCCGGUGCAGAGAAGGCGUCGCUGGCGGCGGGUGGCGGAGCCACGACGCCCGGUCGGCUGCCAAGAUUGCUUCCGCUCGCUUGGUCUCCACGGGAAGGCAGCCGUCGGUCCCGCCUGUGUGUGAGCCCCCGACCCCGGAGUCCGCGGCGAUGGUGUCUGCGAGAAUGGAGCCUGUGGCGGGGGAGCCUGCGGAGGAGGAGCAGGCGGUGUCCGGGCCUCCGGUCGAUGCGCCGGCUAGUGGGCGGGGUGACGGUGCCUGCGUCGACGCUGGUGUGGGCCUCCACAUCAAUACUGGUGCCGCGGCAGCGGGACAUGGGGACGGUGCUGGCCCCUCACGCCCUGAUCGACCCCACGGCUACCCGCACUCCCUGCUUAGGCGGGUCGAAAAGCCGCUAGCGUCGCCCAGGACCAGAGCCAGAACGCCCCUUCUCGAGCUUGUCAUCGUGCCGCGCACUCCGGCACUGCAGGCUGCGGAGGAGGCCUUAUCUCUCACACUCUUGGCCAUGGUUGUGGGUACCAGGCCGGCGGUGACCCCGGCCAUGGUCCGCAUGCAUCUUCUUCAGCAUUUCGGCAUUGACGAGGAGAGGGUCUCGGUGCGGCGGACCAGAUCUGACGACUUCAUCGUUUGUUUCACCAACCAGGAGGACCUGGACGUUGUUCUGGGCACCCCUACGCCGGAGGGGGCACCGUUUGCUCUGUGCUGGCGGUGGUGGAGCCGCCUUAUCAUGGGAUCGGCUGGAGCAUUCAGAUACCGCGUUCUUGUCGGCAUGAAGGGCAUCCCGUCCCAUGCGCGCUUGUCGGAGGUCGCGCAGGUCAUCCUCGGCUCAUCAGGGGCCAAGGCGGAGAUCGCCAAUCCGGAGGCGCUCGAUGACCCGGACGAUGAGAGAGAGCUCUUCGUUGCCGCGUGGUGCGCGCACCCCGACCUCAUUGCAGACGAGAAGAUUAUGUCGGUGCUGGAGCCGGAGGAGGAGCAUGACGGUGGGUCGCCGCUGUACCUCCGGCCGCAUGAGAUCAUCCACGACAAGGUGCCGGCUCUCUAUUACCUUGUGCGGCUGAGGAUCGUGGAGUUCCAAGACUGCCAUACUCCUCCACCAUCGUCCGAUGAAGAUUACGGCUACAACGACGACGAGGACAGCGACAAUAGUAAUUACAACGGGUUCCACCCGGGUUUCGGCGGCGGUGGUGACGGGGGCGCGCGGCCGCGGACAACUCGCUUCGCCGGGCUGGACGAGCCUCGCCUGGGUCGUGGGUCUGGGCCCACUUUUCGGGCUCGGGAAACGAGUGCCCUAGGCGGUGGACUUGUGCCUGUCUGGCCCGGACGACUGGACCAGUGUGGAUCCGGUAGUAGCUCUCCGCGGGGGCCUCCUUGGUCUCCAAUCAAUUUCUUGGAACAGGCCGGGGGUCACUCAUCACCGGCCCAAGCCUGCCUCAUGGCCCAAGACGCUGAGGCGUUCUUUGGUAGCUCAUCAGCGUCAUCACUCUCGAGAGCAGCCGCGACGGCCAUCCUCGGCGAACAGGCUACGACGUCAGUCACGAUGCCGGCCGCUGACUUUGUCGCAUCCUUCAAGAAGCCUCUUAUGCCACCGGUGAUCCAGUCCCUGCCCAGACUGAGGAUCACUUGGGCAGUGAGAGCGCGGAGCGACGGCGUCGACGACUCAGAGCUCGUACCCAAGAGAAGUGCAAGGCUGGCGGCCAAAAGUAAGAACAGGCUGCAUCAACCCGAGGCGCAGGCAAAGGAAGGUUAUGAUGAAGCGCGUGGGGGUCGAGGUGGAGACCCAGCUCCCGGACGAGGCCUCAUUCUAGGAGUUUCAGACAGCGUUCGCCCUGCCAUUGUCCGAGUCCACUCGUGA